AUGGAGGACCACAUGACAGGGCACAACAAGGAUAAGCGUUAUGAGUGCGACGUGUGUGGCAAGGCCUGGCAGUGCCCGAGCCAUCUGGAGACCCACCGGCGGGUUCACACGGGAGAACGCCCCUUCAACUGCUCGGAAUGCGGCAAGAGCUUCAUCCGCUACGACCACCUGCUGGAUCACAACCGCGUGCACUCAGGCGAGAGGCCCUUCACCUGCUCCGACUGCGGCAAGAGCUUUACCAGCAACAGCAACUUGCAGCAGCACAACCUUGUGCACUCCGGGGAGAGGCCCUUCACCUGCUCUGCGUGCGACAAGAGCUUCAAGACAGCGCCAAAGCUGAAGAGACACCUGCGGGUGCACACGGGCGAGAAGCCCUAUGGCUGCUCCACCUGCGGGAAGAACUUUGCCCAGUUGUCGGGGCUGCAGAAGCACUGGCGGGUGCACAGCAGUGAGCGGCCCUUCACCUGCUAUGACUUCGGCAAAGGCUUCCAGUCUUCACCGGACCUGAAGGUGCACAGGCGUGUGCACACCGGGGUCAUCCAGUCCAUUCACCUGCUGUCCCAACAGAUCGGACCGGCGUACCCACAGCGGUGA